CAUACCUUACCCAAAACUAAACACCAAUUAUCAACAUUGAUUGUUUUCGAGAUCAACUGCGCGCGUCUUCUACAUGCAACCUUCACAACCAAUUUGAUCCCUUCCAAAGGGCGUCGCAUUCAGUUUUCAGUAUGGCUGCUACGACGUAUUCUUUCAAGGAGACGCGCCUGAAUUUGGAGCCGUCGUCUUCUUCAUACUUAGUCGACAUAGAGCUUUCUACCACCAGCUCUCAAGGUCGAAGCGUGCGAAAUUCCAGUCGACCCUCCAAACCGAUCAAUAAGAGCGAGACUUCACGAGCCACAACCUCCUCUAUUUACUACCGACGACACCACAACUUCCCAAAGGCUUUCCUUUGGCGUAUACUAGAGGAUGAUACUGUCUUCAGUAUACGAACCGUUGACAUCUACAAACCGAAGAAGGCCCCCGACGCGAAUCUCAUCCUAAACUUCCACUUCCCUCAUCGCAUUAUACCUAGUUGUGUUGCCCUUUGCGAUCCUACGGACCACGAUGCCCUCAGUAUCUUCAUUCUCGAUACCGCCAAUCAAUUGUACACCCUCUUCUUGAGACCAGACUCUUUCUGCAAGCGUUCGUUUGCUGAGACCGGAUUGGGAGAUGCUUGCAAUAUUUACCAGCCCAAUGCUUUCCGCAACUUCAAGCACCCCUACAGACUCAUUGCAGUUAACAAUGAUCAGCUGGUUGCGACCUUGUCUGAUGGUGGUCACAUACGUUUUGACAGAAACGUAGCGCAUCAUGCACCCCACGUACCGUGGAAGGAAACGUUUUACAAUGCAAAGGGCUGGUUUCGAAGUUUACUGGGAGGCCGGGGAGACCUCGAUAUUAAGGCGGCGGCGGCAGCAGUUCAGACCAACCUUGGGCUGGACAACGCUUCAUUCCUCUUCACAGUCUGCCUCGAUCACCGCCUACGGAUUUGGAACCUCAAUAGUGGCCUCAUCCUUGGAGCCAUGGACCUCCUAAACGCCCCGCGGGAUCCUCAAGAGUCUGGCAAGUGGCAACUGGAUGCGUCGCAAACAAACUUGAUCCGUAUCGUAGGCUCUACAGAGGGCAAACGAUUAUGCGUGACCUAUUCACCGGUUGGCGCAGGCGAGUUCAAGUUUUGGAGAGUAAAGUCGGACAACGAAAACCUCGUUGAGGUUGAUGAUCUCUAUCCAGAUGACCAGUUAAUACCCACCCCUCCUCUGGGAUCGGAUGUCUGGACACUGGCGGAUUUCAGUGUGGCAGAACGCUCUGCAUCUACUGGAUAUAGGAUGUGGAUUUUAUGGAAGAACAACAUGGCGUAUAGGGUACAAGGACUGACAUUCCUAGCGGAAGAACUUCCAGAUGCCUGGCAAAACUGGCGAUCCGUAUUCUCCGACACGGCUAUACCUACCGCCCAGCUCUCCAGCUCAUCUGAACCUACCGAUCCCACAGAAAAGUGGCUGCAGCUCAUUUUCACCCCAGGGAGAUUUCCCAAGACAACGAUCCAGACUGCGAUAAGUACGUAUGAAGGGGCGAUUGGAAGGCGGGCUAGCUCUUCUCGCAGUGGUCAAGAUCUCGCCGAGGCUGUCUGUUCCGCCAUUGCUUCUACUUCGAUCCUAAACAAAACAUCAUCUGGCGACAUGGAUCAUGAGCAGUUUAGAACCUCCAGUGAGAUGCAAUGGCGAAAAUUCUACCGGAUCUUGCUUGAGCUGGACAAGCCAAGGGGCGAGGCGCUUGCAUUAUCUUGCGAAUCGGAGUCUGGUAUGCCGUGGGUAGUUUGCGCUGACAACAUCUCUGCUAUCAGAGAAUGUAGCGAAUUAGAAUCGAUAUGCUACAACCCACAUUUGAAAUUUGAUGGAUCAACUGAAGCUCCCACCCUGGUUUCCACCGGUUUAAAUUUUGUCGAUGGUUUCUCGGAUAGCAUGUUGCAAGUCUGCCAUUCCGUCCUUCGCCCGGAGAUGUUCGAAGAGACGACAAAAACGGACCAGGAUCGUCUUCAAUACGUUUCAGACAAGGCAGGAUUCUGGCGUCAAAUUUCUGACGAAGACUGCGCGCAAGUCGCCGAUGCUCUUGGUCAAAACUUCAGUCUAGUUACGACCCGGUUGUACGAUCGAGUCCUUGCAACGUUUAAUGAGAUUUGGGAUUCACCUCACCCAACUGAACUUCCUCUUACCGAGUUUGGUCGGAAGAUUGUUGUCCGAGCAGUUCAAGAUAUGGCUGAGCUGCAAUGGAACGUCUGCUUUAGCCAGCUGAUUCUUCUCGUGUAUAUGGAGUUCGAUUUCGAGCGCCCAGAAGAUGCUCUUCACCACAGUGUCGAGGUUGGUGUGGUGUAUCGAAACUUGCUCGUCAUAAUGAAGAGACUCGAACUCCUCCGAUGGCUUGCCAACACCCAAAUGUCUAUGCCACUCCUGAAGUCGGAUAAAUCGUUUUCCAUGUCCAGCAGCUCUCCAGCAGCUCCUAAACGACAAGUUGACGAGUAUAGAAUCAUCACGGCGCUCGAGGGCAACGUGGGACACCUGCUCGGACUACCCGAUCUUCAAUCCACUGCGCUAGACACAUUGCCCUCCAUCAUUACCAAUAUUGUAGCGGAUCUUUGCGCUCCCGCUAGUGAUGUAGAGUUGCAACCCCAAUACAUUCAGUGUGGUCUGCUCGUUAGAGAUAGGGCAGAUCUCGCCGCUGAGCUAACUCCUUUCUGCGACCGCGAUCCCUUUUCAACCUAUGUUCAGGGGCGUGUGCAGCUUGCUCUCAAAGAUUAUACAUCUGCGGCCACCUAUUUCAAGAAGGCGGCAUACGGCAUGAGCGUCCCUCAGCCAACCCCUGAGCGACAUAGCAGUGGCCUUCUCGACGAAACGGAAUGGAACCUUCUUUAUGCAGGACUUCCACGUUAUUACGCACAUCUCGUUGCUCUGUUUGAGCAACACAAGGCAUAUUCAUUCGUGGUGGACUUUGCCCGUCUAUCCCUUCAAUUUGUCAACAACAAAGUAGAAGAUGCAGACAAGGUUCGAACAGAACUCCAAUGUCGCCUCUUUAGCGGUGCCAUAUCUACGUCGCAAUUCGAGUUGGCACAUUCCACUGUGGUGGCAAUGAAGGACCAUGCCCUUCAGCAUUCAUGCUUGCGAGCGCUCAUUCAGCGCAUGUGCGACAACCUUCACAACUCAGAACUAGUCAACUUGACCUUCCCUGGUCUACAAGGCACCGUGGAUGAGAUCCUCGAGCAGCAUUGCCAAGAAGCAGUGGACGUCAUAACCGGUGUCCCUUACCAUCAGAUUCUGUACGCUUGGCGUAUCAAGCGAAACGAUUAUCGCGGCGCCGCCGCCAUUCUACUUGAUCGCAUUCAGAGGCUUAGGCAGCACGGGGAGGGUGAUCAGGUGACGGGUGACGAUAUUCUGGACACGCUGGUCACGCGACAAUAUCUAAUGCUCAUCAAUGUCCUCAGCUGCGUUGAUGAGAAGCAGGCAUGGAUCACGCUCGAGGGACCGCCGCGUCCGAUCAAGCUCGGGCCCGAUCCCAACCUCGCUAAACGCCGAGUGGUGACCCUGGCCGAUAUCCGGAAGGAAUAUCAGAAUGAACUGGACCGCAUUGCGGCGAUUGACAACAACCAAUUUGGGUUCGCGGCAGACGACGAGAUGGAGAUACUCUGAUUGAGGCGUUGGACGGGAAUUGGCCACACAAACGAUUGUACAACAUUUGGGAUUUGUCUACUAGGUUAGGUAAUUAGUUGAUGAUGAUACCUCCUGGGGGAUGAAGUCUGCCUCAGCUCAGGUCCUUUCCCAAAAAAACAAAAACAAAACGGCACCAGGGAAAAGAAAAGAGGAAGAAGAAAUAAUGCGAAGAAAGCCUCUAAUGAGUUUGACUACCUAAGCUACCUAAACUAUGUAGAAGAUGAAAGCUAUGAACCCCC